ACCGUCGUGGCCUGUCGCUGCCGGGAAGAAGAAAGGCAGACGUCCGUCUCGCCCAGAUCCGUCAACCCCCAUUGCGAAACACACCUGCUUUGUGCGCCCAAUGGAAUUGGAAGCUAGCAUGCGCAGCGGUAGACCCUCGUCGGCGGCUCUACGAAGCCGGCCACUCUCCAUACGCACCAAGCCAAGAAGAGCAGCGCCACCGGCCGCUGCCGGCGCCGACGAGUCGGCAACGGAGGGGGAGCCCCUGAGCCCUACGUCGAGACUCGUGGAUAACCUGUAUAUCGUCGUCACCAUCGGCCUGGGCUCGCGUCUGAACAAACCGGCAUUCAGCGCCGGCAUCGCCCGCCUCAUUGCCCCCCACCCUCGCUUCAACAGCAUCCAGGUGACGGAUGGUUCCGAGGACGGCAACCCGCGGUGGGUGCGGGUGAAGGUGAAGGUGGAGGACCACAUCGUCGUCCCGGCGCUGGAUGCCGCGGCCGUCGCCGCCGACCCAGACAAGGCAUUGGAGGACUACGUGGCGUCGCUGUCCACGCUCCCCAUGGCGCGCUCCCGCCCGCUCUGGGAGUUCCACUUGCUCGACUUCCCCACCUCCGAGCCGGAGGUGGCCUCCACCGUGGCCAUCCGCAUCCACCACUCCCUCGGCGACGGCGCGUCGCUCAUGAUGCUCCUCCUGGCGUCCGCACGCAGCGCCACCGACCCGGCCAGCCUGCCGGCCAUGCCCACCCGCGCGGGCGCCAUCUACGCGCGCCGCCCGCGGUCCGCCGGCGGCGCGCUGGCGUUCGCCGCCUUGGUCUGGUCCUACGUCGUGCUCGCGUGGAACACCGUGGUGGAUCUUUGGUGCUUCGCCGCCAUGGUCCUGUUCUCCAGAGGAGAACCGCACACGGUGUUCAGCCCGCCGGCGGACCGCGGAGUACUCCCCGAACACCACAACAACAACAGGCGCCGCUUCGUGCACCGGAGCCUUUGCUUUGACGACGUCAUCUUCAUCAAGAACGCCAUGAACUGCACUGUCAAUGACGUGCUAAUCGGCGUAACUUCUGCUGCACUAUCACGAUACUACUUCCGCAAGUCCGGUGGCACUAACGCAAAGGAUAUAUGCCUACGGUCGGUCAUCGCUGUCAAUACAAGGCCACUCACUAGCCUACAAGUAUACGCUGAUAUGAUAGAAUCUGGUAAGAAUAAUGAGGCGGCAUGGGGAAAUCAAAUAGGCUACAUCCUUCUCCGAUUCCAUUUAGCCAUGUGCGAUGACCCACUUGCGUAUGUUCGCAAGGCAAAGAAAACCAUGGAUAGAAAAAAGAACUCACUCGAAGUGGCUUUCACACAUAAGAUGUGUGAAUUUUUCCUCAACACGUUUGGUCUCAAGGGAGGCGCUUUCAUAUUUGGUGGUAUGGCUGAAAAUACAACCAUAGCGUUCUCAAACAUGGUUGGACCAACAGAACAGAUAGAUCUUUACGGGCAUCCAGUUGUUUUUAUUGCGCCUAGUGUAUAUGGAGUUCCACAACCUGUGAUUGUGCACUACCAGAGCUACGAUAGAAUCAUCAAGGUAAUUCUGUCGAUCAACGAUCAAAUAUUUCCGGAUUAUCGUGAGCUUCUGGAUGACUUCGCUGUGUCGUUCGGAGACAUUAUGGAUGCCGCUUCCAAGCUCUCAACAUAAUCAACGAACAGUUGCUUCACAACGGUUCUUAAAAGUUUAUCUAGGAGCAUGUCGCUAUAUAUAUGCGGUUAUCGCGAGUCAACAAUAAUUCCAGAAACUAAGCCAAGGCUGGACAUUAAUUGAUGCCUCCAGAGAAAUGAUAUGAAGUACAAUGUUUCCAUCUUACGCUUCUGACAUGUCGCUAGUAUCAUUUCUUAG